GCCAAUGUGCGUCACCGAGCCGCGCCACCUCGGCACAGACCGGAAACAACAAUAACCACACUCAGCGGAAGUCAUAGAAAGCGGAAGUGACGUGCUCUCAGAGCCCAGAGCGCUUCUCUAUGUUUCCAGGUUUGGAAAAAAACAUUGCUGGGGAGAAAUCCAAUGAAUUUACUAAUGAGCUGGGUAAGUAUGGGAUUACGUUAAGGUUAAGAUGCUCGCUGCAAAAUAAAACUGCAUAGUUUCUUAGUAAAGUUCUUGCUGGGAACAUUCUGGCAUCAAAGUUACUAGCUGAAGUAGUUCAUUAGGAUGUUGCAUUUAUAGACCCACUGAAGCUAAAGGAGAUAAACAUUCCACAAGAUAUUAUGAGUAUCUGGGUGGAUACUAUAGAUUCCACUUCCCAGUAAAUAAAAGGUUCUGCAGAUGUCCAGGCAAAUCAAGGAGUUUUCCCAUCUGGGCUUCAGUGUGUAACUAUUUUAACUGGAGCAUAUGACAUACAAACUGGGAUGCCUUUGAUGUUAGUCAUCAAUAAACCAUUUGCAGCACAAGAUCCAAGAUCCAGUCAACUGGCAUUUUCCCUGGGAAAAGGAUUUCACCCAUGGUCUCAACAUGCAACUGGUUACAAAAGCCUUUGAGUUGUACAAGGUUUUGUUGAUAUUUAUCUCAUUUCAGAAGAUUCCACGUUCAAGUGGAACUGCUAUGCCCCGCAUGCUGUGCUGAGAUCCUUAGGAGGAGGAAUAGUAGACUUGAAAGAAUGUUUAAUGAGAUGACAAGAAAUAAUGCAUGAUGUGCCACAUUUACUAUAUAAUGUAGAAGUUUAAGGGGCCACUGAAACAGAAAAAUGGGCCAGUAAAGGUGGGGUUGCAGCUUACAGAUCUGAGAAACAUUUGGGAAGCUUUAAGUCUUCUGAUUCAAAACCUCUGUUUGAUCAAUGUGUUACCAUAAAUUGUCAAUCAACCUACUGA